AACAUAAAAAAUCCUUCAGAAUUGUUUUAUCGACAAAUUUUAAAACAAUAAUAAUAAUCUGUGAAUAGAUAAAAAUAUACAUUUUUAAAACAUCUAAAUUAGUAAAAGUAACCAGUUGUUGAUUUAAACAAUCAUGAGGGCGUGUCAGUUGUAUAGAACAAUUCAAAUCAGACCAGCGUUAUUCACUGUUCCUAAAAACAAAAAUAUUUGUGUUAAAUUUAGAUUUCCUUUUAGAAAUAUGGCAAUAAAAUCUACUGUCAGUGUGCGCAAAGAAUCAGAUACAUUUGGAGAACUUGAUGUGCCCAGUGAUCGUUAUUAUGGAGCUCAAACUGUUAGGUCGACCAUGAAUUUUCGCAUUGGUGGUGAAAAAGAACAAAUGCCGUAUCCUGUGAUAGUUGCAAUGGGCAUACUAAAGAAAGCUGCAGCAGAAGUAAACAAAGAAUUUGGUCUUGAUGCAAAAAUUGCAGAUGCUAUAAGCCGAGCAGCAGAUGAAGUGAUUAGUGGAAAAUUAUAUAAUGAAGGACAUUUUCCUUUGGUUAUUUGGCAAACUGGUUCUGGCACUCAGUCAAAUAUGAAUACAAAUGAAGUAAUCAGUAAUAGAGCUAUUGAAAUUUUGGGAGGUGAAUUAGGUUCAAAAAAACCUGUCCAUCCUAAUGAUCAUGUUAAUAAAAGUCAAAGUUCUAAUGAUACUUUCCCUACAGCAAUGCAUAUUGCUGUUGCUAUGGAAAUAAAUAAUUUAUUGUUACCUUCAUUAAAGCAUCUUCAUCAUGAGUUAAAAAAAAAAGCUGAGGAAUUUUCGAAUAUAAUAAAAAUUGGAAGAACUCACACACAAGAUGCCACUCCUUUAACAUUAGGACAAGAAUUUAGUGGUUAUGUUCAACAAUUACAUAAUGGUAUUAAAAGAGUUGAAAAUACACUUCCUCACCUAUAUGAACUUGCAUUAGGGGGUACAGCUGUUGGUACUGGCUUAAAUACAAGAAUUGGAUUUGCUGAGAAAUGUGCGACCAGAAUAAGUGAACUAACUAAAUUACCUUUUAAAAAGUCUCCUAAUUUCUUUGAAUCAUUGGCUGCUCAUGAUGCUAUGGUUGAAGUGUCUGGUGCAUUGAAUGUAUUGGCUUGCAGUUUAAUGAAGAUUGCCAAUGAUGUAAGGUUUUUAGCAUCUGGACCAAGAAGCGGUCUAGGUGAAUUAUCAUUACCAGAAAAUGAACCAGGAAGUAGUAUUAUGCCAGGUAAAGUUAAUCCUACUCAGUGUGAAGCUUUGACUAUGGUUUGUGCUCAAGUCAUGGGAAAUCAUGUCGCCGUGACAGUUGGUGGGAGUAAUGGACAUUUUGAAUUAAAUGUAUUUAAACCAAUGAUAGUAUCAAAUGUUUUACGUUCAACAAGAUUAUUAGCAGACAGUUGUGUGUCUUUUGCUGAUAACUGUGUAAUUGGUAUUGAGGCUAACAAAGAAAGAAUUUCUGAUUUGUUGAAUAAUUCACUUAUGUUAGUAACAGCUUUAAAUCCACACAUUGGGUAUGAUAAGGCCGCUAAAAUUGCUAAGACUGCUCAUAAAGAUGGAUCUACACUGAAAGAAGCAGCUCUGAAACUUGGAUAUUUAACAGAAGAUCAAUUUAACCAAUGGGUAAAACCGGAAGACAUGUUAGGCCCAAAAUAAGAUUAAAAUAAUUAUAUUUAUAUAAGUUGAUUAAACAAUAGUUGAUUUUUCAAAGUUAAAAAAAUUAAUUAUUUAUUUAAGUUUUAUAUAUAAAAAAGUGUUUAAGUAAAUUAAUGUAUAAUGAAAUUCUCCAAGAAUUAAAUCACGUUAGCAUUAUUCUCUAAUAACAUAUUGUGUUGACCUUACUAUGAUUUUUAAUUUAACACUUAGUUCGUUCAGUAGAACACAAACUCUUAUAAAACAUAAGUAGCUCAAAAAAAUGAAACAUGUAAUUGAAUUGUUUGUAAAAUAUUUCUAAAUAAAAUUGUUUUAUUAUUA